AUGGUGGGAAUUACGCAUCGUGGGAAUCUUGUGUUUUCUGAAUUUGUCUCUUUAACUGGCAACGUUGCGCUCUUCGGAAAUUUUCGUUAUCGUCGACAUGAAAGUGGGCAAGCAUCGUUGGAAUUGGGCAUCGUGGAAAUUGGGCAUCGUGGGAAUUGGGCAUCGUGGGAUACUCCCGUUUUGGUGGAGUUGACUUUGUUUAUCCAUUUUCAUCCAGGUACUUCUUGCAUACGCCACGUUAUCCUGAGCGCCAGCAAAACCCUCACCGUCCACCAAUGGGAGAUCCUGGUCGUGGCUAUCCACAGGGCGUGCACCUCGACCUUGGACCCUCUCCGACAGCUCAGCCUGGCCUUCAAGGAGAACUCGGACAGCUUCUACGGAGACCUGGCGACCGUCAAAGUGGCGGCCAGGAAAGACGCGACGAUCGCGCAGAACGAGCGUCUCUACGACCUGGCUCAACAAGUGUUCUUGAUGCAGUCGCAAAGGCAGUGCAACAAGUGUCCAGGAAAGGUAUGCGAGUGCGAAGUAGCCAGAGGAGUCGUGGUCGAUGACAGGAGCUACGUUUUCCUGCUGUACCCGCUGGACAAGAGCGACGUUUCGACGCCGGACCUCUACGCCGUCAGAGUCCCCUUCAAAAACCUGGUAAUCGGGAUCUUAGCCCACCAAAUGCUGAUCCAGACCGUUUCCAGCGCCCUUCUUCAAAAUCUCAACCACAUCACGCCGAUUCUGAACAUACUCCAGAUAAGCUCUUGCAGCCUGCGUGGUAUCUUAACCAAGGUCAAUGCCAAGCACGUGGACGUCAUGUUGAAGUGCUUGGAGGUGUCAAAUGUCAGAGCUAGAGCUUUCGAUGCUCGACCAGGUCUGAAGUUUUUGAUGCAGAAAGUAGGUAAUCUGAGCAAAGCUGCGAAUUUGUACACCCAAGCAAACACCUCUGAAGUAGUGCAGAUAAUCGUGCUGAUCGAGCUGUGCUUGGAUGGUAUCGAAAAGUACUCGAUUGAGCCGAGUAGCCUCAAGGAUAUUUUGGCGAGGGAGGAGAAGAAAAAGUGUUUGACGGAUUCUGAUUAUGUGGAGAAUUUUCUGAAGAAGUUGCAUACUAAGUGGAGUCGGUUGUGCGAGUCUUAUGCUAGUUUGACGUUGGUGAUUCCAGAUGGAGUGGGGGAUGAUAGUGAUGGAGAUUGUGGGGCAGAGAUGUAUAUUAAACCACCGUUCCAGCCAUUCAGGUAA